AUGAAUCAAAAUCUUAUAUUCAUAUUUAUUUUGCUAGCUACUUUAUCGGUAGGAAAUGCUUUGUCGCAUCAGUUUAGUAAAAGAGAUACUCAAUGGGAAAGUUGCUUAGACAACGGUCUUGAUUUUAGUAUAAAAAUAUCACCUGAUCCUCCCAUUGAAGGACAAACAAUUACUUUCACCGUUUUUUGUAAUUCUAGAGCUCAAAUCAGAACUAUUCUCUCCGUUGCAUUUAUCCAAGAUCUUAAAAAUCCACCAUUAUUUAUCUCUACCACACCUAUUUGUGGAAGACCUAAUUUACCCGCUUGCGAAGGCUCUAUUUAUGUACAACAUUCAUUUGACGGCGUGCCAACAGGAACAUCUUAUUUGCGCGUUCUUCUUGGGAAUGGGCUCACAAAACAAUUAGUCUGUGCAACUGCUUCGAUCAAUCCUAUUUCUAUUGCAUAA